CUUCCUGUUGAUCUAUUUCCUCCAAAUUUUCAUCUUCGUCAACAUCAUCGAAAUCGUCACCGCCACUUCUUAGGGUUUAUUAUUUUAAGAAAUUAACGUUAUGUUGACAAAUGUACAGAUGUCCAUUAGUCAUCAACCAGAAGCAAUUCAACUUAUCUGAUUAUUCACAAAUGUAGAGAAUCUUUCAGAGAAUUCAGGAUACUCUUUGGCUUGAACUAUAGCCUCUUGAGUGCGCGUUUUCGCAUAACACCACGAUAACAAUACGCAAUAUUUCUACACUCAAAAGCCUUAUAAUAAUUAUCUGCUCUAGGGCACACCCUUCUCCAAUCCAUUUUUUGGUUGGAGGCUCGAACACUCGAGGGUGAAUGACGAUAACUAUUUAAAAAUAAUACUAUUUUGAAUGGUGGGCUCAAGGAACACUUUUCCCCUCUUUGGGGUGGAGUGGCAGAGAGUAUAUAUGGAGUAUGUGGAGUGGAGUGGGGUAGCGUCAGGUGGCCAAGCGCAUGAGCGUGAGGGCUGCGAGAAAGUUGUUGAUUGUUGACGAUCGGACGGAAGUUCCGCCACGGAACCUCAGAGCAACAAAACAGCAUAAACGACUCGUUAAAUACGAAGAAUUCCAUUCGGAAGUAUUUUGGUCCAUGUUAAUCAAGUCGUACUAUUAUAAGCAAAUCGUAGAAUUAUACCAAAUGUAAUGUAGUGCGUGUUCAAACAAUGUAUGAAUAUUUGAAGGUUAAAUAAUCUCUGCUCAUGUAACUAGAUAGAAGACAAUGGUUGUACAUGCAAUGAAUGCUAAUUAGUUGGUGUGCGCAUUAAUAUUGGGGAAGGACAUCAUCACAUAGCAUUGUAUCAUAAUGGUACAAUAAUAGUUGUUUUUUUAAUAUAUGUCAUUGCUUGUCAAGAAAGACUAUCUGUGAUUUAAUAUUUUACGUAUUUUCAUUCUUUACUCUUAUUUUGUGUUAUCUGAAAUUAGCUUCCAUGCAAUUUUCAUUAGCACUUUUUAAAAUAAUUUAAAUUUUAUGUUAGAUAUUUUGGGGAUUUAAGUAAUUUGUUAGUGAUAAAACCUAUUCAAAUUUAUUUCAUUUUUAUUUCACAUAAUAUUGAUUAAAAAUUAUUAAUUAACACUAUACAGUGUGGAACUAAAACCUUAAAUCAGUGAAAUAUUUUUUUGGAAAAACAAUGUAAUUCUCAAAAAGUAAUAUGUCAUGUCAAAGUGAAAAUAGUGUAAAGGAAUAACUAAAAUAUAGUACAAUAGAAUACACUAUUGAAAAACCUGCCACCAGUCACAUGCAAAGCUGUGGGCUGCACGAAAUACUAGUUUUCUUUCAACACACAUGAUUUGUUUUAUUGUGUUCAUUGCAUUUCCGCUUAGAAUUACUUUCUAGGACAUUUUGCAUUCGCCAUGAGAUCAAGCGCCUGUAAAUAUAUUCUUGACAAAGUUUCAAAAUUUGAAAAAAAAUAUGCAAAACCUAUUCAAAAAAGUAAUCAGACUAAUGAUGAUGACUUUUUAUCAUCUAAAGAAAAUAGUUCUUCUGAACAUUUAGUUAAUAAUAUUAAAUUUAUAGAAAGCAAUACAAUAUCUCAUUCUGAAGUAAGUAAAAAUCAUAAAGAGAGACUGAAUGAAUUAGGCCCUUUGGAAUCCAAAACAACAAAUGAUUUAGACAGACAGACACUUUCAAAAUCAUUAAAAGACACUAGUAAGACAAGUGAGAAAGAGAGAAUAUAUGUGAUUGAAAAGAACAAUGCUACAGAGAGUCCACAUGCAAGUGGUAGAUAUGAAUGUGAUGAAGACCUUAAAAGAACUGAUGAAAUGUUUUUAAGUGACACUAAUGAAAUUCUUUUGGCAGACAAAUUAGCUUUCAACUAUUCUUUUGAAGAUGUAAGUCAAACAAGUGGUUUUCAAUUUCUUAAAGAUAAUCAUGAUUCUGCAGAGCACUCUUUGAAAGAUGAUCUUAAAUCAGGAGAGAAAAAAUUGGAAAGGAAUGGCCCAAAAGCAUUACUUACAGUAGACAAUGAAGAGAUGGGAAUCAAGAAAGGUCGCUUGCAUGUAAAUCUCAAUUUAAAAUUAGAUGAAGAUACUGAUGAAGUGAGUGAUAUAUCCAGUAAAGGCAUUGCCAGCCUUUCUUUGGAAAGUUCAAUCAGCUCUAAAAAUGUACCCAUUCGUGUCUUUGCUUUUGAAGACUUAAUUGGAGCAGAAGAUUUAAAAUCAGUUUCUGAAGAACUAAAAGGAAAUUGUGAAGAAAAUAGUCAACUGAUUGCACAGACUGCCAUAGUAGAUGAGUCUGUCCAGGCAAACAUGUUAAUUACUAAUUAUUUGCAACGUAAUUCAAAAUCUGAUGAGAGUCAUGAAACCUCAAGAAAUUUUUCUGAAGAAAGACUUAAAGAACUCAUUGCAAAUGUAGAUGAAUCGUCUAUUGAGGAGGAUAUAGAAGAGUCAAUAGUAAGUUCCAACAGUGACAAAAAUAAUUAUGUCUCUAAGCAAAUUCAUAGUUCUUCAGAAAGUAAAACAAAAGUAAAGGAAAAUGCAUUUAAAUCAGAACUCGGUGAAAGUAAUGGAAAAAACAUGUUUAGAAGAGAUCAAUGUAAUGACAACCAUUCUUAUGACGAAAGUAUUCCUGAUUUUAUGGAAGAUGACCACAGACAUAUUACUCUACAGAAAAAUAAAUCUGAUAUCAGUCAUGAAGAGAAUAGUGGAAACCGAAGUAUUAAGUACAAACCAAGGGAAUCUUCUGUAAUGAAGAAUCAUUCAGCACAAGAUUUGAAGGCAUCUUCAGAUAAACCCAACAGGCCAAGAAAAAAGGAUUCCAAAUACUCUGAGAAAAGUCAUAAAAGAAAAAAAUAUUUAGAGAAUGAAUGGAAACUAAUGAGAAAGAGUAACAUUGUUCUCCAAAGUGCAGCACGCAAUGCUUACACGCAAACUGAAAAUUUCUUGGCAGAAGCAUAUGAUUUUGAGAAAAGAAUGGAAACCAUCAUGAAAACGUCACUCACGUCUAUGGCUCAAGUGAAUAGUUUAACUCUGGAAGCCAAUAAUGUACAUUCAGAACAUACUCAUACAGCAUCAGCUCCAAGUCCACUAGAACAUGGUUUUAAUUGCGCUCUAAAGCAGCAAGUUGAACUAACAAAACACUUCAUAUGUGCAGAGUACAAUAUGUAUGCAGUAUGUAUGGCAGCAAUUAAAGAAAUGUCCUCUUCAUAUAAACCAGCAACAUUGCACUACAAUACAAAGAUGAUGAGCGGUCUGAGUUCAAAAAAGGCAACACUGUGAUAGCAUAACAGCAAUAAAAUCUUUCUGAUUUGAAAAUAACUCAUUGUUAAUGUUUCAAAUAAGAAAAAUGAACAUGACAUGAAAAAUUUUCAACUAGAACUGUUUAAUUUAGAACUUGGUUUCUAAUUUUGCUCAUUUAAAUAAUGCCACUUUUUAUGAAAUUUGAUGAAUUGAGAUUAUGCUUAUAACUGCAGCAGGGUUGACCCAAAGAUUCUGUGAUUUUAUGUGGAUGAUUGAAAUAAAAAAAGGUAUUUAGAACCUUUGGAAUUUCAAAAAUUUGGAGAAAGCCUUCCAAUCAUAGUGUUUCUGCAUAAUAUCCAUCCUGCUGAUUGGCAUCUCAAGAAAAAAGGAACAAGCUGGAAUAUCCCAACAAUCUUCAUCAGCAUUCAACCAGUGGAGAUGGACUGCCUCACCUCUGAGAAGAGUAUACCCAUAAGUUAGAUUUAGAUGAAGAUGGUGAGAGGAAGAAAUGAGGAGGCAAGCAUCAUCAUUGUUUUGGGCCACAAUGAGCUACACACUUCAGUCACUAAUAUCGGGAGAGGUGGCUUUGGGCAUCACUGCAGUGCCUCUGACCGGAAGGUCCUAGGUUCAAGUCCUACCAGUGGCAAGAUUUGGAAUACUAUCUAGAGAGCUAGGUUGAGUUCAAUUGUUGUCUGAAGUAGAUUUCUAGCGGCAGCUGCUCUGAUCAUUAAUUUUCCAUGGUUUCUCCAAUCAGUACGAGGCGAUUGCUGAAGCAGUACCCUAACAAACAGACCAUGUACAAUCUUUCCUUCUUCUUCCUCAUCCUACCCCUUACUUACACACACUUACACUUACUUGUACUACAUCCAGGGGACCAGUCAGGUGCAUAGAAAGUGUCCUGGUUGGCACAGUACCCUGCUAUUUGGAGAUACCUGGUAAUUUACUCUUGCCAAGGGUAGAUUGGUGCCAGAUCUCUCCAUCCAGUGGAGGAAGAUCACCGUCACCUCCAAAGGGAAAAAAAAAUUGCUCAUCACUUAUAGAACUACUAACCUUAGCAGUUGAUGUCCCCUGAAUCAUUAAUCAAUAAAAAAUAAAUCUGAGUCACAAUUGUUAAUUCUCUUUUAACUAAAUGAUUUUAUUAUUGAUAUAUCUAAAGGCAAUGCCACUUGCGUGGAAGAUCACAGAAGUCAGGACUUAAGUGCAUGCAGAGAUUUUGAUAAGAUAUUUGGAUUUUCAGUGGUAGCUGUACAGCUUGGUGAAAUUAAGCAGCUAUCUGGAGGAGAAUUCAAGCAGUCGCAGCUCUUGAUUAAUAGUUUUCAUUGGUUUAUCCGAUCAACACUAGGCAAAUGCCCAAUCAAACGGACCAUGAACUAAAUGAUCUUUCCUUCCUUUUCCACGUCCUAUCCUUUGUUCUUAACUUACACACACAAUUACAUGCACUAUGCUACUG